GCAUGGCACAAAAUAACACCGAAAAUCAUGAUUUAGGGUGAAAAAAAUUUAAAUUUAAAUCGAAAGUUGUUUUCCCAGCCCUUAAAGCCCAGAUGGACAGCGCCGAUGAGCAGCUGCAGCUGGAUCUGGACAGGAUAUCGAUGGAGAGUCGCCAGGCCAGCAGUUUCGAUGACCUCAUCGAGCUGACCAACAACUCGGAGCGUCUGAUGGCCAGAGUCAAUUCCAGCUUGGAUGACCUAAACACCGCCCUCGACAACCUGGAGGCUCGAACGGACCGGGUUCUGGUCGAGAUUCGGAGGCUAAUCAGCUCGGAAAUGCCGGCACAAGGUCCGCACGAUGGAUGUGGCGAUCCAGAUGCCAGGGCGUAGGCGGGCGAAUGGCUGUGAUACGUAAUGUGAUAAUAAAUAAAUGUAUUUUAUUUUCAUAUCG